GUGGGGGCGGCGGCCAUUUUGGCCGGGUGGCAGCGUGAGCACGUUGCGCGCGUGUCUGCUGCCGAGGAACGGGGCGAGGCCAGUCCCGUCCCUGCGCCCGGCUCGCAGCCUCCCGCCCUCCUUCCCGACCUUGAAGUGUCUGCUUCCUCUUCCCUGAAAUCACUAACUGGAAUAUUAAAAACCUAAAUUGUGCAUUAUGGCUGACAAGUUAACAAGAAUAGCUAUUGUCAAUCAUGACAAAUGUAAGCCAAAGAAAUGCCGCCAGGAGUGUAAAAAGAGCUGUCCUGUGGUUCGAAUGGGGAAACUAUGCAUAGAAGUCACAGCACAGAGUAAAAUAGCAUGGAUUUCUGAAACGCUUUGUAUUGGUUGUGGUAUCUGCAUUAAGAAAUGUCCUUUUGGAGCUUUGUCAAUUGUUAACUUACCUAGCAACCUGGAGAAAGAAACAACACACCGAUAUUGUGCCAAUGCCUUCAAACUUCACAGGUUGCCUAUUCCCCGUCCAGGUGAAGUACUGGGAUUAGUUGGAACCAAUGGUAUUGGAAAAUCAACUGCCUUGAAAAUUUUAGCAGGAAAACAGAAGCCAAACCUUGGAAAAUACGAUGAUCCACCUGACUGGCAGGAAAUCUUGACUUACUUUCGAGGAUCAGAGUUGCAAAAUUACUUUACCAAAAUCCUGGAAGAUGACCUCAAAGCCAUCAUUAAACCUCAGUAUGUGGACCAGAUCCCUAAGGCUGCAAAGGGAACAGUGGGGUCUAUUUUGGACAGAAAGGAUGAAACUGAGACACAGAUUGUUGUGUGCCAGCAGCUUGAUUUAACCCAUCUAAAAGAAAGGAAUGUUGAGGACCUUUCAGGAGGAGAACUUCAGAGAUUUGCUUGUGCUGUUGUUUGUAUUCAGAAGGCUGACAUCUUCAUGUUUGAUGAACCUUCUAGCUACCUAGAUGUUAAACAGCGUCUGAAGGCUGCCAUUACUAUUCGAUCUCUGAUAAACCCAGACAGAUAUAUUAUUGUUGUAGAGCAUGAUCUAAGUGUAUUAGAUUAUCUGUCUGACUUUAUCUGCUGCCUAUAUGGUGUGCCAAGCGCUUAUGGUGUCGUCACUAUGCCCUUCAGCGUAAGAGAAGGCAUAAACAUUUUCUUGGAUGGUUACGUUCCAACAGAAAAUCUAAGAUUUCGAGAUGCCUCUCUGGUUUUUAAAGUAGCUGAGACAGCUAAUGAAGAAGAAGUUAAGAAGAUGUGCAUGUAUAAAUACCCAGGAAUGAAAAAAAAGAUGGGAGAGUUUGAACUUUCCAUAGUUGCUGGAGAAUUCACUGACUCUGAAAUCAUGGUGAUGCUAGGAGAAAAUGGAACUGGCAAAACUACAUUCAUCAGAAUGCUUGCAGGAAGGCUUACACCUGAUGAAGGAGGGGAAGUCCCAGUCCUAAAUGUCAGUUACAAGCCACAGAAAAUCAGUCCAAAGUCCACAGGAAGUGUCCGUCAGCUACUUCAUGAAAAGAUUCGAGAUGCCUACACACAUCCACAAUUUGUAACAGAUGUAAUGAAACCUCUUCAGAUAGAAAACAUCAUUGAUCAAGAGGUGCAGACAUUGUCUGGUGGUGAGUUGCAGCGUGUUGCAUUGGCUCUCUGUCUUGGUAAGCCUGCUGAUGUCUACUUAAUUGAUGAACCUUCAGCUUAUUUGGACUCUGAACAGCGUCUGAUGGCAGCUAGAGUUGUCAAACGUUUUGUCCUCCAUGCUAAAAAGACUGCUUUUGUGGUAGAGCAUGACUUCAUCAUGGCUACCUAUUUGGCUGACCGUGUCAUUGUCUUUGAUGGUAUUCCAUCCAAAACCACCGUUGCAAACAGUCCGCAGACUCUUUUGGCUGGUAUGAAUAAGUUCUUGUCUCAGCUCGAAAUUACUUUCAGAAGAGACCCCAACAAUUACAGACCAAGAAUAAACAAACUCAACUCAAUCAAGGAUGUGGAACAAAAGAAGAGUGGAAACUACUUUUUCUUGGAUGACUAAACACAAAUCUGAGACUCUUCACUAUCAGUUUAUAGAAACACAAAUUUAAAAUCUGAACUUUGUUGUAUAAACUCAAUCAGGUUUUAGAACACCCCUCUCACUGUGGAGCUAAAAUGUUAUUGCUGUGUGUACCAUCAGAGGCCAGUAGCAGCAUAAACUCUAGUCUGAGCAACAGAAACUGCCACUUCUUUAUUUUGGUGAUGUGGCCGUAUUUCCCAUGUAAUGUUUCAAAACAGAUACUUCUCAAAAUAUUAUUGGUAUAAACCUCUAGAUUUUUCAAAAUGUAGAAAGGUUUUCAAUCCAAAUGUAACUUAUUCAUGUACCAAACGCUGACAAGGUUUUUCCAAUUUUAAAAAUCUUUGAAGUUUACAAGGAAGACUGUCAAGCUACAGAAGCUGCUCAUAUUUUAAAAGCAAGGCUGAAUCUCUCUGGGUGAGGGUUUCAUAAAUAAAUAUCCAUCUAACAUACAA